UCACCAACACAGAAAAUAACAACAACAAAAAAAGAGAGAAAUUUUAGGAAAGCGAGUUUCUCAUUCCUCAUACCUUCCUCUCUUUCUCUCUCUGCAUUUUCCAUAGAUCGAUUAGUAUUGGUCAGUACAACCAACACAGUAAAAUAAGCCAAAAAGCGAGAAAACAAAAAUGUCUGAGGAAGAGAAAUUGUUGAAGGAGGCGAAGAAAUUGCCUUGGGAAGAUCGAUUGCUACACAAGAACUGGAAGGUCAGGAACGAAGCCAAUAUCGACUUGGCCGCGCUAUGUGAUUCCAUCGCAGAUCCCAAGGACUCUCGCCUUCGCGAUUUCGGUCUGCUUUUCAAGAAGACAGUUGCGGAUUCCAAUGCGCCGGUGCAAGAGAAGGCGCUCGACGCUUUGAUUGCGUUUUUACGAGCUGCUGAUUCCGAUGGUGCUAGGUCUGUUUGCCUUUUCUCUUUCUUUCAUUUUGGUUUGCUUGUUGUUGAAACUUCGUAAUUUGGAUUGGUAUUUGGUAAUGUUGAAGGUAAGCCAAGGAAGUAUGCGAUGCAAUUGUGGCGAAAUGCCUCAUUGGAAGGACGAAGACAGUGGAGAAAGCUCAGGUGGCAUUCAUGCUUUGGAUUGAAUUGGAGGCAGUCGACCAGUUUUUGGUGCUUUUUCUCUUUUUCUCUCUAUGUAUAAUUUGAUGUUCUUAAUUUUUGGGUUUGUGAUUUUUGGAUUUUAAUUUUGUGUUUUUAGAUCUGAGUUUGUGUUUUUGUUGUUCUUAUUCAAGACAUACUUCAAUCUCAAUUAAUGUAAUUUUUUAUUUUUAUUUCUA